ACCUUACACCAUGUAUCACCUGAGGGUGCCUGUGCUUCUCCUCAUGCUGCUCGUGUUGCUGCGCUGCGUUACCGCUGCCCCAAGCUACAGGUACUUCAGUCCCAGCUCAUCCAGCGAGCAGGAAAGUGCUCUCCCAGACGGUGAUGGCUGGUUAGGUCUUGGGCUUAUCUCCAACCCAUUCCUCGACCUCCUGGGUACACGGCCGCAGAGGGGGCUCACAGCUAUGAACAGCCACCACAUAGAGAAGAGGAAAUGCAACACAGCCACCUGCGUCACCCAGAGGCUAUCAGACUUCCUGGUCCGCUCCAGCAACACUAUUGGUACCAUCUACGUACCGACCAACGUGGGAUCUUCCACCUACGGCAAGAGGGACCUACUGCAGCCUCCCAUCUACCUGCCUCUCUAGUAGAGACUGAGGAAACUCCAGCAGCACUCCCAGUGCUCUGAUGAUGUAACCAGACAUCUUAUGUAACAAUGAUUGUGAGAAUUACGUUACUAACGAUGACACUGAUGGUGAUGAUGAUGAAUAUGAACAGAGUUGUCUCCUUUGUUUUAUAAACUUUAAGAAACAGUGCCUUUAAUUUAAACCAUCACAGUCGACAUGUUUUUAUUUUCUGGCGUUGUGUGUGUUGUGUUGAUGCUGUUUCACAAUGGCAUGAUGUGAAUACAACAAUACAUCAAAGUAAAUAAUAAAACAAUAAAGAAAAGAAAACAGAUGUAAAGCCAUAUAUAAUAAAUGUUGAUUUUGAUAAUAAAAUUGUGAACAUAUAUUUUAAAAAAUCUUCACGCGUUCUAAGUUACAUUAUUAUAUAUUAUGACAACUGCAUGCAGGAGCAGUGAGCUGUCAGCAUAUCAUCCUUUAGUAAACCUGCAUGUAUUACAUUGUGCAGCUCACAACUUGCUUCUCCAUGUCUCAAACUAACUGCAGAAUGAUCUUGCAAACAAAAGAGGUUCAUCAGAGAGUUUCCACAGGUAACUAAUCCCUAUAAGAUGCGUGUUUAGUGUUGGCGUGGUUGAGUAACUGCCUGGUAACAUGGAGGGCUACACUUUAGACAGUGCAUACCAAAGGCCUGUGUGUCUUUCAUACUGUUAGUUUAAACUUACUGAAUCCUGAACUGUUCGUUUUGGUCCAAUUUCAUUCAUUCACAGUUACAGUAUCUCUCUCUCUCUCUCAACCCUUCCACUGCUUCUUAAAGAGCCCAUUCUUUCUGUCAACCAACCAGAUUUAGCCACUUUGUCCAUCAGCCAAUCAAACUGCUCCUUUCUGCUGCCGUCAGCUGUUCUCUUCACCUCAGGUCAUCACAUCCAGUGUCCAGGUUGAGCUCAUCAGAAGUCAACUCCUCACCAAAUCCAGAUCUUCAGCAAUCUCUUCAUCACCACCAAUGUGUAGAGUUUCCUGUUGUGCUUAUGUCUUCACCACCCCCUUAAUGUAUAUGUGGUCACAACUAUUCACAUCUCUCAUCCUUUUGUGCUUGUCAAUAAAAAAUAU